CGAGGGCGCGUACGUUGUUCGCUCGCGACGAGAGGGCCGUUUCUAUAGCAACAAGACACCCAACAACGCUUGCUAACAGACAGGCUGACAUGGCGGAGCCGAAGAUGGAGAAAGUCCAGCGGUCACCCAGGAGAGUUUUCAUCAACAACAUAGACUCAUACGCCUCGAAAUGUAUCGCCAAGUUUCUGUCAGAGUGUGUGUCUCCUAAAGGAGAGGACACUGAGAAAGAGGAGAAGGAGGAGGAGGAGGAGGAGGAGGUGACUUCACACCACAGCGCAGGCCGAGCGUUCCUGCUGGCUGGAACUGUGUCUGACAAAGACGAGGACAGACCGUAUGUGUUGGAGGAGUAUUUACACAUGGACAGGGACGAGCUGCUGUCUAAACUGAUGCAGUGUGACGUUGUGAUCUACAACAUUUCCCAGCAUGCUGGACAGGUAGAAGAGGCCCUGUGGGCUGUUUCAGCUCUCCACAAUAAAAUGACAGAUUUUUCUGGACCAAAGAUGUUCAUCCUCGUAUCCACUGUGAUGACCUGGGCGUGCAGCAAGCCAGUCAAUCCUGAUGAUUUGGAGCUUCCUUUCACUGAUGAGAUUUUCUGGAGAAGAAGAGCACAUCCCAACUUCAACCAGCACAUUGAUCUGGAGAAGAGAGUGGUGAAAAUGGGCAAAACUAACCGGACAUUGUUCUCAACGUACGUGGUGGCUUCAGGACUGACUUAUGGGAUGGGAGAGCAGGUCUUCCACUUCUUUUUCAAGACAUCAUGGCUGGGACAAGAACCUGAAAUACCUGUCUUUGGAGACGGCAACAACAUCAUUCCCAUGAUUCACAUCAAUGACUUGGCAAGUGUGAUUCAGAACGUGAUUGAACUUCAGCCCAAGCCAUAUUAUCUGCUAGCUGUGGACUAUUCCAACAAUACAAUGGAGGACGUUGUGAAGACACUCACCUCUGUGCUUGGACCAGGGAAGAUCCAGAAGAAGCCAUGUGAGGACGCCUUUCUCAUACAGGACUUGAGUAUCAUGGAAAUUGAUUCCAUGCAGGUCAACCUUCGUAUGGAGGGCAUCCAUCUCAAGGACUUGUUCUCUAUUAACUGGGUGUGUGAGUCUGGUCUUGUGGACAACAUAGAGCUGGUGGUAGAGGAAUACCGGCAGACCAGGGGACUGCUGCCCAUUCGUCUGUGUGUGCUGGGCCCUCCUGCAGUAGGGAAGAGCACAGUGUCCAAACAGAUCUGUGAACACUACAAACUCCAUCACAUCACUCUGAAGGAGACCAUUUCUGAAACCAUCUCACAGCUGGAAGAUGCUGUGAAGAAUGCAGAGAAUGAGGACUUGAAAGCAGAGGCCUGGGAGCUUCUGAGCAGCCUGAAGGACAGUAUGGAGCAGAAUGAUGGUCUGUUGGAUGAUCAGCUGCUGGUGAAAGUGGUGAGGGAUAAGCUGAUGUCUAACCCAUGCAGAAACCAGGGCUUUGUCCUGGACGGCUUUCCCAAAACAUACGAACAAGCUAAAGAGCUCUUCUAUGCUGAUGAACAUGAAGCAGAAGAAGAGACUUCCUUGAGUUCUUUACACAGCAAGAGGGUUAUGCCAGAGUUUGUGCUGUGCUUGGAUGCGUCAGAUGCCUUCCUGAAGGAUCGGGUGAUGAACCUGUGUGAGAGGCUGGUACAGGAGCACAACUACGAACAAGAGCACUUCCUUCAGCGACUGGACAUGUACAGAGAGAACAGCAUGGAGGAUGAAACUGUUGUCAACUACUUUGAUGAGCUGGACAUCACCCCUCUGUACCUGGAGAUCACCAGCAGCAAUGAACCUGACUGCCUGCUGCUGAUGCAGAAGAUCUUCGACACAGUGGGCCAGCCCAGAAACUACGGCCCCAGCAGCCAGGAAGUGGAGGAAGAGGAGAGGAGGAAGGCUGAGGAGAGGAUGAGAAGAGAGGCCCAGGAGAGAGCUGAGGAGGAGAGAAAGGAGGCAGAGGAGACCAGACAAAGGACUGCAUGCUGGGAGGAGUGGACUAAGGGUUUGGAGGACGCGAGGCAGCAGCAGGAGGAGGUGUUGAAGGCCCAAUCAGUCCCACUGAGGGACUACUUGAUGGAGCACGUCAUGCCCACACUGACACAGGGUCUGAAGGAAUGCUGCACAGCUCGACCACAGGACCCUGUGGACUUCCUGGCGGAAUACUUGUUAAAGAACAACCCCUUUAACUACUGACAGCAAAGGUGAUGUCUGUAGAUGGACCAGACACCAUGCAAAUACAAGAGAAAACUUAAAUAAAAGCCUUU